AUGUCUCAAAACGACUUCAAGACCGUCUUCACGCCUCUUCCUCGCCUGAAAGGUGAAUCCAACUGGAACACAUGGCGCAUGCUUGUUACAGCGACCCUGCGAGGAUACGACUUCGAGAUAUUCCUCGAGACUGACGUCCCUCGCCCUGCUGACCCUAUCGCUGCAGAGGAAUGGAGAAAGAACCGUAACGUCACGAAUGGUCUCCUCAUGAACGCCAGCGAAUCGGUUCUUGACAGACUCUGCACAGCGGGUUGGGUUGACGAUGGAAACCCUUACGAAUUGUGGCAGGCGCUCGAGAAGCACAUUCCGAGAAUCUCACAAGACGCCACAGCUGCCCUUGUUGACGAGUUUGCCAAGACCACCGCCAACGAUCACAAGACUCUUCACGAUGCCCUCAAUCGCUGUCACCACCUCAGAAAGCGUAUUGAGACCAUUCACGGUCGUCUGCCAGACUCCUUCCUCGCUGUUUUCCUCCUUAACUUCUUUAAGGACCGACUUCCCGAUACGUACAAGCAUUUCACAUCGAAGGGCGCCACCCAUCCCACGUGGAAUGAGGUGGCUGAUACGAUUUACACGCUUGCCCAAGACGAGGAUCAAAAGCGCAGUUAUGCCACUAUUCGCAACACACCUGGAGGCAAGUCUGCUGGCAGUGGGGGUCCUGCCUCUCCAGCCGUCACCACCACCGUCACCUCCACUGUCACUGCCUCCAAGGAAAAGAAGAAGUGCGACCACUGCAACUGUGAUCACGAGACCACAAAGUGCUAUGUCGCCCACCCCAAUCUCAUCCCUCUACACUACGUCAACCGGGAUAAGUUGAUUGAAAAAGCGAGAAAGCACGUGUGUGGCGAUCGCUGCCGCUGGGAUCAGCCUACUUCUGUUGAUGGCACCCGCCAGACUGUUGUCAGAGCGUCACCUGCCAUCUUGGGUCAGUCUGCCCUUGCCUCCAUCGCCAGCCCAGCAGUUUUCACUGCUGCCCGCGAUGACCUCAUCACCCGAGACGAUAUCGUUCUCGAUUCUGGUUGUACUACUUCAACCUUCAACAACUUGCGAUAUUUCGUCAAGUACGCUGAAAAGAGCGAUUUGACACCUUCCACUUCUGCCUCCGGCGCCCCAGUCCGGUCACUUGGCGUGGGCACCGUCUUCUUCCAGACCCAAGACCCCACCAACCCUGACGUUAUUCACGAUUGGACACUUCACAACGUUGAGUACAACCCUUCCAGCCCAGCCAACUUACUGAGCCCUGGAAAACUUCGUCGUGAUCACGUGGAAUAUGAUUGGCAGACCUCAAGCCUCAUACACGUGACACAGCGCACUUCCCUUGCCAAAGUUCAUUGGGUUUCUGACGUCUGCGUCGUUGAGACUCAUGAUACUGGAAAUCACGUGCCUCGAGAUAUUGCUGUCAGCCUCGCCGCCUUCCGGGCUACCCAGCGACCGUCUCUUGAACUGAUGCACCGCCGGCUGGUUCACGCCCACCCAUCACGUGUUGUGGAGGCUUGCCGCCGUGUUGGCAUUCGGUUCACAACGUCAGAAAUUGACGCUUUCUUCUGGAACCGUCAGGUUCUACACCUCAUGGAUAAGUAUAGUGGUUACCACUGGGUUGUUUUUCUGCCCAACCACAAGUUUGCCACCAUCCUGGCAGCUAUCAAGAAAUGGGACACUGAAUUCUACAGUCUCACCGGCCUCAAGCCCAAGAUUCUCAACCUCUUGCCCACACCCUCCAAGGGUAACUUGAGCCCUCACGAGAUCAUGGCGAGAGAGCUGAACUUGGCUGCUGAACAUAUCAUCAUCCAGUACACCAUCCGUCAGAAGCCUAUUGAAGGUGAAAAACCCGUGACUGGUGAUCCCAAACCAGAUGAGACCAUCCAUUACUAA